CACAGUUGUGUAUUGGACUGGACACAAUUAACGAUGAAUUCAGUUGUUGGAUUUUCGCUCUUGUUCGCCGGAUGCCUGUCACUAGUGGAAUCGACACCAAAAAUAAGGCAGUAUUUAUUUGGACAAGAUUACGAAGUGUGUUAUAACAUCGAAGGAGAACCUGAAACAUGGUAUAAUAUUGUCUCGCUAAAAGAAAGGGGGCUGGAGAUUGCAGCAAAACUAGUGGAAGCUAAUGGAAUGCAGAGAGCAAGUUCAUUGGUGAUUAAAACUCCAGCAUCAACUACUACUUUCUUCAGACCCGUUGAUGAAAAAACUGUCCGAUGGAGUACACGUGGUGAUGUUAUUGAUAACGACAUAAAGAUAACACCUCUAAAUAAGAAGAACAGGAGACUGUUGUUGUUGAUUAUAGAUCAGCUUGAAAUGCUAGUGAAGAUGAACGGGACAACUAUUGACUUCCGAAUCAUUGAAAUGUCUCAGUUGACAGGAACGCUAACUGGAAUAAUGGGUGAUAUCGCUGCAGCCAUCGAGAAUAUUUCUAUUAUUGAUAGGAAAAUUGCUCAGGGUUCUCCAAGAGGUCGACUCCUCCUAACUGAUGGAAGAGAAGUUUUUACCAGAAGAAUCAGGGGUACUUGUCGAAAAAUUGUCGAUGUAGGUGACGUUAUUGAUGUCUCGAAAAAUAUUCUUGCCGUUCCACCCCUUUAGUCGAUGUCUACCAUUUUGACAAAACCAACCCCUGACGACUUGAUGAGAACAAAAAUAUAAGACAGCGAAUGUAUUAUUUUAUCAAAGAUGUGAAACCGAUCUAAUGACAAUUGGACACAGGGAAUAUGGCUAUGUUUGCAAUUGCAGUGCACCAGAUGUAGCAAUAUAGGGCAACUUUAAACAAUAAAUUACAAUAGUAAAUAGAGUCACAAUCGCUUGAAACUGAAAACCUAC